AUGUUGGAUCUAACGAAAACGCUAGGCGGUUUCUUCUUCGCCCUCGGCGCGACACUCACCCCUGGCUUCGGCGCGGAGACCCCGUAUAUGAAGUCGGGCGUCCUCGGAGCCGAGUUUUACGCCAGCUUCGGCUUCUUCUACCUCUUCGUCGGUCUUCUGUCGUUCGUAUUCCUCAUCUGCUCGUUGAGGACGAACCUCUGUCUCGUCAUUCUGUUCCUCGCCUAUACGGUUGCCUUCCCUCUACUCGCCGCUGCCGAGUGGGCCCAUGCCGAAGAUCGACUGGCUCUUGCUCACAGACUGACUGUCGGCGGCGGUGCUGCUUGCUUUGUCGUCAGCGCUUGCAGUUGGUGGGCCAUGAUCGGGGGGUUACUGCAAUCGGUGGACUGGCCCUUUGACCUUCCCAUGGGAGAUUUGAGCCAUAUCAUCCCUGCGGCGAGGAAGGAGGUGGACGUGGAGAGGCUGGAAUGA